GCUACGCCCCGGCACCCUCUACCUAGGUCAUCCACCCCUGCAAGCGAUCAGUUCGUGAUUCUCGGGGCUAAGGAGGCCGGGGUGCUACCAGCAAUGCGUAUCAAGGGCAUGGCAGAACAAUUAAUCCUCGUAUGCUGCUCUAGCGCCGCUGGGCCCUGGAUAGCCGCACCCAGCACGCCAGAUCCCCCAAGGCGAAUUAUAUCUUAAUUCCCCUUUCACUGUCCAUGGACUUCCGCCGCAUCUGACAUUUGAUGAAAUACCAAACGCAGUCCGAGAUAUUUUUUUUGGACGCUUCUGUCUUACAUACUCAACGCUUACUCAAGUUCAAGAUCCGGCUUUGAGGUUUCAGAAAAGAUAAAGAGCACCUUCUCAGACCACCUGGUCCCUCGAAUGACGUCGAUCUGGGAUCGCAAUAUCAACAUGGACUUUGGCUUUGUGAGCUCCCCGAGUCAAUCACCAAGUCAAUCACUCUUCACCACCGGACAAUACUUCGACAGCACCUCUGAGGGAUCAAGUCCCAACUCACCUCAUCAGAUGAAUCAAAUGAUGUUCAACAACGCCCCCAUGCAGUAUGACCUAUUCCAAUAUGGAGCCACGCCAGCGUCUUUCUAUCCCCCAACUCAGACGAACAAGAUCCCUGUAGAAUACAACAACGCCGCGACCAUUGAUCAGACCGACCGAAGAAGACGACGAUCCGGCAGCACUUCGGCCCCAGCAGCCAAGGACAAGGAAACCAUUCCCAACAUGCAUUUGCGACGACGUGCCCAAAAUCGUGCAUCUCAACGCGCCUUCCGCGAGAGGAAAGAGAAACAUGUCAAAGGCCUUGAGCGCCAGUUGGAGGAUCUCCAUGAGAAGCACCAAGACCUGCUACAGUCAUAUACUCGACAAGCCGACGAAGUCACAAAGCUCAAUGGCAGAAUAUCCGAGCUAUCAGCAGAGCUCAAUGCCCUUCGGUCAUGUCAAGACCAGUCCUUCAGCGAGAUGCUCAUGCCAGACAAAUUCGACAAGUUUGAUGCCUUCUCCACCCACGACAAUAUGCUGUACAACGGCCCAGACUGCUACUUUGACAAGAAUGCAGUCGACCUCAACUCCGAGUUUGCAUUACACUCUUUUGAGGACUCCUUGUAGCAUAGUCAUGACGGAUUGGGACUUGAGGGCUUGCACCUUCUUACUGGCGUUCUACAGAGGUCUUGAGAUACCUACCUUCACGGGCUGCUUCUUCUUUCUUGGUUUUUUGUCGAUUGCACUUGAGCGAAGGCGCGCAUCGCGCAAGCAUGGACGGAAUAACUUUUGGUAUUCUGCACGACUACUUUUUGAUGGAACAUGUGAUACGUUAGGGUCUCCCCAAAGGGAAAAAAAGAGUCCCCCUUUGUGGGCAGGAGAAUCCGGGAGAGCAAAGACCUUCUACAUGCCUUCUACAUGGGUUAUCGACAGCGGGCUUUCACAGGAGCCCUGCGGAUGUGGAAUACCAGCGGUUCAAAGGAUCAACGGAUCAACAGGGUGGGAGGCCGGCAACUCCGUGCCGAUUUUGAAACACUCAAAUAAUCUUUCUGUACUACAAGGUGAUACCUCCAUGAGAGUACACCGAUGUCUCUCACACAGAGAUACGAAUUUACCCUGCAUGCCUUCCCGAG